AUGGGGACAGCUGCCGAUAGGCGACCGAGCGUUGCCUUUCUUACGUCGCUUGCGGACAACACCUCAGGCUCUAAUACUCCAGCGGAGAGCAGCAAUCAACAUGACUCACUCAGCACCUCCACAUCGACGCUGCAAGCCGCACCUGGUUACUCGGAGAGCGGCAGCAACUCGAACUCAAGGGUGGAGACGCUCUCGAGGGACAGCCGCCAUGGACGGGACGUGAAAAGCGCGGAGAUUGAUCUCGUACGGUACCAGCCUCUUCCCGGAUCUGUGCGGCUAGCCAGUGUCACGGAAAAGGUUUUGCGGGAAGCUCCCUUCGCGGUCGGGAUUUCCAAGCCAAUGUGGCGGGUAUUUCUUACCUCCCGGCCUUUCAUGGAGCUCGCCGCCGAUGGCUUCUGGUUCGUCGUGGCGCACGAGAUCCUGAGGAUGCCCGUGGACGCUGCGCACAGCCCGCGGUUCUCUCGAAUGGCCCACGUGUACAGUCACAUGUUUACCAACGCGCCCCCCGUGUUCAAGGACAUGUGGGGCUCGUACUUCUUCGAGGCCUGGGCCUUGACCUUGAUAAUACUACUGCAGGAGUCCUUCCCGAAGUCGAAGUCGCUGGUCGACGAGCCGUCGUUCCGGAUGCGGCUGCUGGACCUGUGCGCCGAGUGGACGAUGGGGAUAAGGCCGAGCUUUCCGCUUGCGGGGCACUGGGUGCUCAAGUUUGACAAGCGACCGCCGACGGAGCUGGAACUCCUCAAGAGGCGGACGUUCGGGGCGGGACUGUCAGGUACAAGCUCCAUGCCCGCCCUACCUCAAGGGGAUGCCAGCAAGGACAGUAGGGCGAAUGACACUGUUCCGACGGCCAGGAGGAGAGGCGGCAUACCCGAACACCGCCUGAACUACGUCGCCACCCGGUCGGCCAUCGACUUCGGCAACAGCCCCUUCGUCAAGCACCACCUGAGGGUGCUCACGGGCGGGGGGAAGACGUCGGUCACCCCCAUCAGACUGCAGGUCACUGGGGAGGCGACGAGGACCCUGCGGCCGUUUCAGGAGCAGAGUCUACGUCUGGCGAAUGACCGACUCCUGCGAUCGAACACCUGGCGGGCAGCACAGGCCGUACGCGUGAGAAACGAGAGGCCGGCGACGGUGGACAUCCUGACGAGGAUAGACCAGAGGAGGGAGAAGCUGAUGCGGCAGCACAUCUCCUCGAAAAGAGAAACCCGGCAAGAGAUCUCCCGCAUGCGCAUCGACGCCGCCGAGGACAGGUCCAGCAUCGAGACCGAAGCGGCGGAUCUCUUGUCCAAGGGAGACGUGCAUGAGUUCAGCAAUUUCCUCGUCAAGCACCAGGCCAAGAAGUACCGCAAAGCUGAAAGAAAGCUGCUCGGCAGCGGCUCCAUGGGCGGUGGUGGCGGCGGCAGCCUUGCAGGAGGAGGAGGAGGGGGGAGAGGGGAAGGGGAGGGGGAGCGGGGGAAGGAGAUGGGAUAG